CUCGCGCGCGCUGGUGAGGACGGAGGGCGCAGCGGGCCCGUCUGAGGGCCUUCAUGUGGCCAAGGGUGCCCGGCUGGUGGCUGUGCCGUCCGCCUCCGACUCCAGCUUCGGCUCGGCAGGAACUAUGGAGAAGGCAUGGCACCAGGCGAACUCCUGCGAGGUACUCAGCCGGGAGGGGCAGCCUGGCACGGCGCCCAUGAAGAUGCUUUUCUCCGGCUACCGCGCCAGCCUCAAGACCAAGGCCGCCGAGACCCUAGCCCAGCUGGCGACGCUGGAGGAUGCUGAGAAGACGGUUGAGGAGCGGCGCACCUUCUUGUACAACCAGGUGGUGACCAGCUACCACCGGGCCAAGAUCGAGCGGGCCGCCUUGGCUCGUGAGCUGGAGGUCGUCAAGGCUGAAGCCGCCAAGGUCCCGCAGCUGGAGUCGGAUCUCCGAGCCGCUCGCGCCCAGUGCGCCGAGAGCGAGGAGGCGGGCCGAUCCUCCGCCGGCAAGCUCAAGCUGGCUGAGCAGGAGCUGACGCGGCUGCGCCUGCUGGAGAAGAACCAUCUCACCGAGCUCAACUCCCUCAGGACGGCGGAGAAGGAGAAGGUGGAUGAUCUGAGCCGGCGGCUGUCGGAGGUGGAGAAGCAGCGGCUUGCGCUGCAGGAGGAGGUUACUGCCAAGUCCACAGAGCUGACGGCUACCGCCAAACGCUGGACCGAUGACUUUAGCGCGCUUGAUCGCGGCUUGUCCAGGGACCGGUCGGCGCCUGGCCUGCCGGUGCCACGGCCGGUCCAGCCGGACCUGAGGCCGGCCUGA